AAUUCAUAUGGUUCAUGUCAAAUUCAAAUGUAAUAAUAACAUGAGAGAACCAGAGAUGGUGUACAGGGGACAUAACAAUACUACUGCACUGAAAUUUCACUAUAUAACUCCACAUAGCUAGCCAGCAAGCUUUAUCUCUCACACAGCACAACUCCUUUAAUUUUGCCAAAGCGGUUCGAUAAUUGUCUUCCUCGAACCAAACACAAUCGCACACUUUGGUGGCCCCCUUUUCAUCAUCAUCAUCUUCUAUCGAGAUCUCUUCCUGUAACUCUCUGUUCAUCCAAACAUGGUGGUCUCUUCACAACCACACACCGCCACAUGCCUCCGACCGUUGAGGUCCUUCACCCUUCAGCUUCUCACCGGCCGGUGGUUCAUGAUAUUCUCUUCCUUCCUCAUCAUGUCCGUCUCCGGCGCCAGCUACAUGUUCGCUCUUUACUCUCGCGACAUCAAGUCCGUCCUCGGCUACGACCAGUCCACCCUCAACCUGCUCUCUUUCUUCAAAGACCUUGGCUCCAACAUCGGAAUCCUCUCCGGCCUCCUCAACGAGGUUACUCCGCCGUUCGUCGUCAUGUCCGUCGGUGCCGUCCUCAACUUCUUCGGCUACUUCAUGAUCUGGCUCGCCGUCAACCGCAAAUUUCCCCACCCGCCUAGUGUCCCUCUCAUGGCUUUCUAUGUUUUCAUCGGCGCUAACUCUCACUGCUCCACCAACACCGGCGUCUUCGUCACCUCCGUCAAGAACUUCCCCGGCUCUCGCGGCAUCGUCAUCGGGAUGUUGAGCGGCUACUUGGGCUUGAGCGGGGCAAUCAUAACUCAGUUAUAUUACGCUUUUUAUGGGAAUGAUUCCAAGUCUCUUCUUCUGCUCAUGGCUUGGCUUCCUGCAGCAACUUCGCUUCUGUUUGUUCCAGUCAUAAAGCACCAUAAAGGGCUUCAACAGCAAAACGACACAAGAAAUUUCUACAAGUUCGUCUACUUGUCGCUUAUUCUCGCAGGUUUUCUUCUCGUCAUGAUCAUUCUGGAAAAAAGUCUCAAAUUUACCCAGAACGAGUAUUAUCUUACAUCUACCUUUAUGCUCCUCCUUCUCAUCCUGCCCGUCGUCGUUGUAAUCACUGAGGAGCUUAAGGUUUGGAAAGCCAGACAGUUACAAGAACCUCAGAAAGUAAUCACCAUAGCCACAGAAAAGCCCAAGCUCGAGUACGAGAAGACGAAGCACAAGCCUGAAGAAGAAGAACAACACAGAGAAGCUGCUUCUGCGUCUUGUUCAUGGUGGAGAAACAUAUUCAGAAAACCAGAAAGAGGGGAAGACUAUACAAUCCUGCAAGCAAUUCUAAGUCUAGACAUGGCGAUUCUGUUUUCUGCAACAAUAUGUGGGCUUGGAGGUACCCUCACGGUGGUGAACAACCUAAGCCAAAUAGGGACAGCUUUAGGAUACUCACCACAGAGCAUAACAACGUUUGUGUCUCUAAUGGCGAUCUGGAUCUAUCUGGGGAAGAUAGUACAAGGGGUGAUCUCAGAGUUCAUGGUGACAAAGCUAAAAUUCCCAAGACCCUUCAUGCUCACAUUAAUUCUGGUCCUUUCAUGCGUGGGCCAUCUUCUAGUAGCCCUCAACGUCCCAAAUGGACUGUACGUGGCCUCAAUAAUUAUAGGGUUCUGCUUCGGAGCAAACUGGCCAAUACUUCUCUCCAUUAUUUCUGAACUUUUUGGACUCAAAUACUACUCGACGCUUUUUAAUGUAGGGUCAGUGGCAAGCCCUAUAGGGUCGUACCUGAUGAGCGUGAGAGUGGCUGGUUAUCUGUACGAUAAGGAAGCCAUGAGGCAGUUGGGUGAGAAGGGUUUGAAGAGGAAGAAAGGAGAAGAACUGAACUGUAAUGGGAAUGAGUGUUACAGAUUGGCCUUCUUUAUUAUCACAGGGGUGACCUUGUUUGGGGCAGUGGUGUCCCUUAUUUUGGUGGCCAGGACAAGAAGCUUUUACAGAAGUGAUAUUUACAAGAAGUUCAGAGAGGAAGACAAUCAUAACGAGACCGAAAUGGGUGUGGCUCGCAAAGAAACUGGACCAACACCCCCAAGUGCAAAUUAGCUAGUUGAUGCAUGGAGGGUAGUAUUGUAAAAUUAUAUAUCAUGCUUUCCCAUUAGUGUGUGUAGGUCUUGAACAAGGAUAGAAACGUAGAAGUAUACAGAAAAUACAUAGUUUGACAUAAAUAAAUGAUUGCCUUUAUAUUGGUUCUUCGGAA